GCCGGCUGCCCGACCCCCUGCACUGCGCAGGGCCACGGAGGGGGUCGGGGUGCCCGGGACCUCACCAGGCCGGAGCCAGCUCUGUCCCACCCAGCGCACCGUGGCGCUGGGGCCCUGCCCGGUGCUCCCCAGGCACGCCCCAGGCAGGGGGCUCCCAGGGCCUCAGCCCCCCAGCUCAUGCUGGCUUGCUCACUGGAGGCGCUUCUCCACCACGUUGCCUCCAUGUUCUGUUUUCCAUACCUGCCGGGUGAGGGAUGCUGUCACACCCUUGGCCAGCCCUGCCUGGGCCCUGCCACCUCUGCGCCCUGAAUUCCUCGCCCCACUGCGGGUUCCCAACAUGCGGUUCCUUCUGGGAGCGUGCCACCCCCACCCGUGCCUCCUGGGAGCGUGCCAGGGCCACCAGACCGGGGGCUGUGCGUAACUGGCCUCCUUGAUGCCACAGGCAUCCACUUUUCACGGAGCAAUUAGUUAAUUAGUGAGACAAAAGAAGCUUGGGAGGUGAGACGCCCUGGUAAAGGAGAGGAGCCGGCCUUACGGGGUCUGUGCAUUAGACAGUGGUUAUUUCAUGUGGGACAGAGAGCCCUUGGAGCAGGGGCUGGAAGCUUCCAGAGAGAUCAUUGCCAGCAUAUUUAGGCUUUCAUCAGUGAGCUACGAAAUCAGUCCCCUUGGAGACGAGGCAGAAUUGCAGCAGGUCUCUGACCUUCUGGCUGGAUGCCCUGGCCACUGAGAGAGGGGAUAAACAGAGAGCAACAGCUCUUUCCUCUCCGGUCUUGUAAGGAAAAGACUCGCUUCCUCCAUGCUCGUCCCUCAGCUGUCCCCAGCUCCCACAGGAGAGCCACAGCCACUGUCACUGAGGCGGGUGAUGAGCCUGCAGCAGCCGUGCUUCAGCAGCCCUGUUGUGAUCCUUCAGGAUGUGCAGACUGCCCCAAAAGUGUCACCCACUGGUGGGCACAAGCCUGAGACCACCCGUCUCAUCACCAAGGACUUAAUCCGUGACCUCAUCAUCCCUGCAGAGAAGCCAGUAGCAUCCCUUAUUAUCGGUCAGGAGGAUUUCCAGCGCAUUAAAGCAGCAGCUCGAGUCCUGACCACGGAGCAGCGUGAGGCCAAGCUGGCAGCCCUCAAAGCGGAGAAGGAAGCCGUUCUCGAGGCGGUGAGCGCACGCAAAAGUGCGGCGAAGCAGAAGGCCAUCCUGCAGCAGCAGACAGGGAAGCCGAGUGAGCUGGAGGAAGCAGCACGGGAGCGGGCCCAGCACCUGCUGCAGCGGGCAAGCAGGAUGCGCAUGGAGCAGGAAGAUGAGAUCAAGGAGUUCAAUGAGCUGAUCCUUGGUGCCAAGUGCCACAUGAUCCGUGACACGCAGAUCCUCGAGAAGCAGCUCAUCACAAAAGAGCUGGAGGAAGAAGACAAGCGCCUGGCCAAGAUGAUGGAGGUGGAGAGGAAAAAGGCUGAUGAGAUGCAGGAGGAACUGGAGCGCAAGAGGAAGCAGGAGCUGAUCAGAGGGAGGCAGGAGCUUGUGAAACAGAUGGAGCAGAAUGCAGAGGAGCGGGCUCUGAGAGCCCAGCAACGGGAGCAGGAGGCACAGCAGCUGCUGGAGUACCUGGAGAAGCUGAAGAUGGAGGACCUGCAGGACUUGGAGCGAAGACAGGAGCAACAGAAGAAGAUCCAGGCUGAGAUUAAACGCAUCAACGAUGAGAACCAGAGAUGCAAGGAGGAGCAGCGGGAGCUGGAGAGGAUGGCAGACAAGCGGGUGCUCGAGUACCAGAGGCAGAAAAUGGAGCGUGAGGCUGAGGUUGAAGCUGAGCAGGAGAGGAUCCGUUGGGAGAAGGAGAAGGAGAUGGCACAAUUGAGAGCCAUGCACGAGAGGGCCCGGGACCAUCAGGCAGAGCAGGACGCACUGAGGGCCAAGCGCAGCCAAGAGGCUGCUGAGCGAGAGUGGCGGCGCAAGGAGAAGGAGGUGGCACAGAGAAGGGCUGAGAUGAACCAGAUGCUGAAGCAGAGCCGCCUGGAGCAGAUUGCCCAGCGGGAGCACAGCAUGGCCAUGCACGUGCAGCGGGACCGCCACGAGUUUGAGAAGUUCCUCAGGGCCCAGAAGGAGCAGAUGGAGAAGGAGAAGGCAGAGGAAGCACGGAGGGCAGGUCUGCAGCUUGCCUAUGCUAGUGAUAUCCAGCGCCAGAUGCGGGAGCGUCAGCAGCAGCUGGCACAGGAGCGGGUGGCUGCCUUUGAGGAGUGCCAGCGGCUUGAGGAGGAGGCCCACCAGCGCAGCCAGCGUAUCACCCAGUUCAAGCAGCAGAAGAUGCGGGAGCUCAGAGCCUCUGGCAUCCCUGAGAAGUACUGCGCCCAGGUGGAGCGAAGGGCCCUGAGCCGAGCAAGCGCAGCCCCUGGCCAGGCUCAGUCCCACAAGGAGCAGAGCUCAUGUUCCCCAGCAACUUAGGGGUUCCCAU